AAUUUCCAACCAAAUCUACCACUCUAUAAACACCAUGUCCCACUCCUUCACCCUUCAUUCAAUCUUCACAUACCCAAAUCUUUACUCUUUCUUCAUCUCCAGCUUUAGAUAAACACUUCACUGCUUUCGGAGAUGGAGACUCGCAGCGCCGCAAGAAAGAGGGCAAACGCUGAACCACUUGUCAUAAACCCUAAAAAACAGAGGGUUGUAUUGGGAGAACUUCCCAAUUUACCCAAUCUCAAUGAAAAUCAACCCAAAGAAAAACCCCAAACCAGGAAGAAUUCAAAACUAAAGAAAUCAACAACAAACCAUCCUUUGGUUUUUUCCAAGUCGGAUUUGCCAGUUCAGAGAAACAACAAUGGAAAACGUGAUAAUCAACAGAUUUAUGAACCUUAUGAAUCUGAUAUAUCUAACUAUCUUCGUUCAAUGGAGAUGCAGAAAAAGAGAAGACCUAUGGUUGGUUACAUUGAGAAAAUUCAGAAAAAUGUAACUACAAAUAUGAGAGGAAUAUUGGUUGAUUGGUUAGUUGAGGUUGCAGAUGAAUACAAGCUUCUGCCUCACACCCUUCAUCUCUCUGUUUCAUACAUUGAUAGAUUCCUAUCUCUUCACUCUGUCAGCAAAUCACACCUUCAGUUGCUAGGUGUUUCGUCUAUGCUCAUCGCAUCAAAGUAUGAAGAAAUCACCCCACCCAAGGCGGUAGAUUUCUGCCACAUUACUGAUAACACAUAUGAGCUGGCAGAGGUUAUAAAAAUGGAAGCUGAUAUUCUAAAGUCUCUCAACUUUGAAAUGGGCAGCCCUAAUGUUCACACAUUUCUAAAAAGGUAUGUUGGAUUUGCAACUGAAAAUCAAAAGACUUCAAAGUUGCAAAUGGAAUUUCUAUGCAACUAUCUUGCUGAUUUAAGCUUGUUGGACUAUGACUGUAUAAGAUUUUUGCCUUCUGUUGUGGCGGCCUCUGUAAUAUUUCUUGCCAGAUUUAUUAUCCGUCCUGCCUUACGUCCCUGGACAUCAUCUUUGAGUGAAUGCUUGGGUUAUAAAUCAAACGAGUUAGAAGAAUGUGUUCACAUUCUACAUGACUUGUAUUUGUCAAGAAGGGUAUCAUCUUUGAAAGCUGUUCGCGAUAAAUACAAGCAACAUAAGUUUAAAUAUGUGGCAAAUCUGCCUUCCCCACCGGAGAUACCUUAUAAUUAUUUUGACGAAGAGUGAUGCAGUGUGAAUAAAUUGAUGAUUGAAAUACAUCUCUAACGUAUAGAGAACUUUUUGAAGUGGUCUAGUAUGAAGAAAAUUUGCUUCUUCAACACAAGUAGCACGCUGAUUUUGGUCUUGUUUCUUCAAGUACUUGCUAUCAACUUAGGUAGUCUCAUGCAGUUAUUUUGUGGACAUAUACUUACUAUUAGAUCUAUGUACAUGUGAUAAUUUUAGUUUUGGCUGAUAACUUUAUUAGCUAUUUACAUGUUUUCGUUGGUGUUCGAGAGAGACACAUUUUCCAUAUACAAUGUAGUUUUGCAACGAUGAAUUAAGAACAUUAGAUUUUAUCUCUAGAGUUUAACCAUUUGUAUUCAUCAAUAUUUUGUUUUUAAGAAAAAAACUUUAUUAAAGUAAAGUGUUUAUUAAUUUUCA